UUGCAGUCAGGAUGAACUUUGCUGCCCAGUUAUUCUACACCAGCUACCUGAGCGAGCGACUGGAACGUUUGUUCUCACCAAGACCUGCGAUUAAAGACAGCGAGGAAAAUGACCCCUUCUGGGAGAGAGAAGAAUUACGUCUGGGUCCCAGUCAGCCUGGCACGUCUUACAAACCCGUCUGUAACGGCACCGUGGGCCGCCGAUCUACUCUCAUCGAACCAGAGCGUCUCAAAGACUUUGGCGAGGAGGAACUUCUCAAUGGAGACGUUAGGUUCUACGAAACCAAAGUGGUUGCAGCUCCAGAAAUAAAGCUGAUGGAUCCCCCGAAAACCAGAAGAAUGAGUGAGUUCAGGACCGUUCCCAGACCUCCAGCUCAGUAUCUACGCUUUGAGGACAUCAGUGCAGCAGCCUUCAGGAUCCAGUCGGUGAUACAGAAAACACCUUGCACGUAUUCCAGGCUUUCCAAACAGUAUGGGAUGGAGAUCUUCCUGAAGAAGGAGCAUCUGCACUACACGGGCUCCGUGAAGGAGAGAGGAGUGCUGUACCUGCUCACCUCCCUCACACAGGAGCAGCAGAGGAAGGGUGUGAUCGUGGCCACUGACUGUAGCUUUUCCAUGGCCGUGGCUCACCAUGCAGUGGAGCUGAAGAUUCCAGUGUUCGCCAUCAUGCCGUCAAGCUGCUCUUCUCCACGUCUGCGGACCUACAGGGACUACGGAGCGAUGGUCAUCUCGUACGGCGGCACCAACCAUGACUCCCAAAACCACGCCAGACAUCUGGCCAAAGAGAACGGAUAUCUUUAUCUGGAAGAGUGAGACUCAACAUGUUCAUAUCAAAAUUGCCAAUCAAACUCUAGAUGUUAUAAUUCUGAUUCAGUUUUGCAACAGAAAAUAGUUUUUAUCUAUUUAUUUCCAGGGAUGAAAAUGCAGCAUAUCUAGCAGGACUAGGAACUGUGGGGAUGGAGAUCUUUGAGCAGGUUCCCAAAGUGGAAGCAGUGAUUCUUCCUGCAGCAGGACAGUAUGGACUUCUAGCCAGCACCGCUGCAGCCAUCAAACACCUCAACCCUCAGACUAU